AUGAGCCCAGGAGUGGAGACAACGGCGGCGGGAGGCGGCCCCGCGCUGCCUCCCCUGACGACCCUAUUCAUGCCCAACUCCGCGGAGCUGGUCGCGGCCGCUGGCUCGGUCAACGGGACAGAUAUGGAGAUGCACAAUGUGGUGACCGAUGAGAAAUCUCCUGGGCUUGCCAGGGCGAGCAGAUUUCGGCCCGUGCCAGUGCCCUUCCAUUCGGUGGCUGACAAAUGGUCAUCCCCAGCCAUCGCGUACAGGAACUCUCAGGGACUGCGAGAGUCGAUGGAGGACUAUGGAGUCGUUGUGGGCAAUCUGGUGCAAGUGCCCCUGGUGUUCCAGCCGGGAGACAGGGUCGUGCCAGUGGCUCUGGGAAAGGAAAAGGGGCUGUGGGCUCUGUGGGAGGAUGGCUGCGCAUCCCCAAGGUCGACCUUGACGGGGUUUCCAUCAGGAGCUGGUGCUCAGGGGCUCAGGCAUGCGGAGGUGCAGUUUCAUUUCGCAGGGGUUUACGAUGGGCAUGGAGGGCCAGAGGUUGCACGGCAGGUCGCGGAGAACCUUCACCUGCACGUGAGGGAGGCGUUCGGCGCACUGAUGGCGACAUCGCUGGUGGCGUGUGUUGGUGGGACAACACAAGGGGACGAUGUGACAAGACAAGGCCAGGGCGAUGCGACAGGGCGACCCAAAGACGACCAUCGCUGGGGCUUGACCCUGCCCCAGGUGUCAAGUGCAAUCGGCCGGGCCUUUCGCCUCAUGGAUGGGCAACUGCAGGAGAGCGGCAUGGCACGGGACGUUGGGUCAACAGCGGUCGUCGCUUUGGUCAGCGGGUCGCACCUUUGCGUGGCCAACUGUGGGGACUCGCGGGCGGUGCUGUCGAGGGGCGGGGCUGCAUACAGACUGAGCAGGGACCACAAACCCGACCUUGAAGAUGAGGAGGCGAGGAUAAAGGCAUGUGGUGGAGAGGUCCUGAACUACGGCGGCAGUAGGGUGAUGGGGGUGCUGGCCAUGUCGCGCGCCCUUGGGGACCACUGCCUCAGCAACUUUGGCAUCAUCGCAGAGCCAGAGGUCACGCUCAUUGAGGCCAGCCCGGAAGAUGAUUUUUUGGUCCUGGCCAGUGACGGACUGUGGGACGUCCUCACCGACAACGAAGCGGUCAGCCUGAUCCACAAGUGCUUCCAGCGCGCCGAAGCGAGCGACAUGGGCCAGCAGAUGUGCGUGAGCCUGGCAGGCAGGGUGCUCAUCAAGGCUGCCUUAGAUCGGGGUUCCAAGGACAACAUCGCCGUGGCGAUUGUAGAUCUGCGGGGCAAUCGCAAGCACUAG